AUGGCCGACACCGAGGGUGCGGGCACCUCUUCCGUCUCCGAACCGCUGGACCUGGUCCGCCUCUCUCUCGACGAGAUUGUCUUUGUCAAGCUGCGGGGUGAUCGCGAACUCAAGGGUCGUCUACACGCUUACGACAGUCACUGCAAUCUGGUUCUGGGCGAGGUUGAGGAGACAAUAUACGUGGUCGAGGAGGAUGAGAACGAGCAGGAGCACAUUCGCACAAUCAAAAAGCAAGAAGAGAUGCUGUUCGUUCGAGGUGACUCGGUUGUCCUAAUUUCUCCCCAAGCCUGA